AAGUUCCAAAUUUACACAAAACACACGUCUCAUUGGCCAUUUGCAGUUUGCACUAUUUUACAUCACAAAAGAUAAAAACAGAGAAAGAAAGAUUAUUUAGGAACAAGAAGGUGUGCGCGCGCGAACCAUCCAUAACAGAAACAACAAUGGCUUCCAUGAGUAUAUUCACCACCAUUUCCCUCGCCGCCGACGCCCGGAAUCCGGCCAUCUAUUUUCCCCGGCGGCGGCAGCCCAACACGGUCAUUUUCGCCGCCGCCUCAUCGCCGGAAUCUCCUCCAGAAAUAGAGCUCGAGUUCAUCGGGCCAAAACCGGGAAGUGAUGGAUCGUACCCGGUGGAGAGAGUGAAAGCAAUAAGCGGAGAGAAGCUGUUGAGGAACAUCAUGUUGGAUAACAAGAUCGAGCUUUAUGCCACCUAUGGGAAGCUGAUGAACUGCGCGGGAGGUGGUAGCUGCGGAACAUGCAUAGUAGAGAUUAUUGAAGGAAAGGAUCUUUUAAAUGAAAGAACAAACACUGAACUCAGAUAUCUUAGUAAGAAACCCGAAUCUUGGAGGCUGGCUUGUCAAACUAUUGUUGGAAACAAAGAAAACUCUGGCAAGGUUGCUGUUCAAAGGAUUCCUCAGUGGAAGAAGUAGUAAACCAUGGAUGCUUAGAAAGAAGAGCUCCAUAUGUUCCUCCUCAAUUUGACACAGUUUGAAGCAACACUACAAAUCAUUGAUCCAUGCAUCAUAAAUUUAUGAAAACUUUUGCUUUGGUUCUUAAUGGAAUCUUGCAGAUAUCUGUAAUGUAUAAUUUCCCUUCAUGUUUUGUAAUGGUUGCCACUUGGCUUCAAUUCUUUAGGUUAGGGUACAAAUCUUUGGAGUAUACAUUAUCAAAGCAAUUUUGAAUUUGUUUACAUCAUCAAUGCAUGAUACAUUAUCAAAGAAACUCUAUUAGAGUGCAAAUGACACAUUAUCUUUGAUGUGCAAUUCCCAAAAAAACGAUGUCUUCUUUUUCUUCAAACAAA